AGGCAACUUGGUGACGCCAGUAGGUCACGCAGCCGUCGUUCGUACAUCAUCGUCCUUAUAUUUUGUGUUCCGGCGGAAGGUGACUUUUUAAAGUACUGUUUCAGCUGGUUGUUGACCGGAGAGGAGAACCGAUAAUGUCUACAGGGGAUAAAGAAAACGACCCUUUGAGCAGCUUUCAACCUCCUUUUGAACAUUUUUCCACCCAGGCUCUUCAUGUAGGACAGGAUCCCGAACAGUGGAAUUCAAAGGCAGUAGUGCCUCCAAUUUCCAUGUCAACCACGUUUAAGCAGUCUGGUCCUGGGAAACAUGCAGGCUUUGAAUAUAGCCGCAGUGGAAAUCCAACACGGAACUGUUUGGAGAAAGCUGUUGCAGCACUUGAUGGAGCGAAGUACUGCUUGGCGUUUGCAUCUGGUCUGGCAACUACGAUGACAAUUGCACACUUAUUAAAAUCUGGUGAUGGCAUUAUUUGCAUGAACGAUGUAUAUGGAGGAACUAACAGGUACUUCAGCAGAGUUGCAUCUGAAAUGGGUUUGGAAACAUCUCUCAUAGACUGCACAUCAUUGAAGUGCCUGAAGGAAGCAAUUAAACCAAACACCAAGCUUGUCUGGAUUGAGACUCCUACUAAUCCAAUGAUGAGUGUUGUUGACAUCAAAGCUUGUGCUGAAGUUGUACAUGAGCGUGGAGACAUCAUUAUGGUGGUAGACAACACCUUCAUGUCUGCCUAUUUCCAGCGUCCUUUGGCCCUUGGUGCUGACAUCUGUAUGUAUUCUGCAACAAAGUAUAUGAAUGGUCAUUCUGAUGUAGUCAUGGGCUUGGCUUCUAUGAACCGUGAAGAUAUUUAUGAAAAAUUGAAAUUCUUGCAGAACGCUAUUGGUGCUGUUCCAUCUCCAUUUGAUUGUUUUUUGUGCAACCGUGGAUUAAAGACAUUAUCCCUUCGAAUGAGGCAACACUUCAAGAAUGCACUGGCUGUAGCCCAGUUUUUGGAAGCAGAUCCUCGAGUAGAGAAGGUCUUUUUCCCAGGUCUACCUUCCCAUCCGCAAUACAAGGUGACAAAACAGCAAUGCACUGGAUCUUCAGGCAUGAUUGCUUUCUUAAUUAAAGGAAACCUGGAAAAUGCCAAGAUAUUCCUUGAAAAUCUGAAACUGUUUUGUCUUGCCGAGAGUUUGGGAGGAUACGAAAGCCUAGCUGAGCAUCCAGCAAUCAUGACACAUGCAUCUGUCCCAAAGGAGGAGCGCAAAGUACUGGGGAUCAGUGAUACUCUAAUCAGACUGUCUGUUGGUUUGGAAGAUGUAACAGAUAUCAUUGAAGACCUCGAUAAAGCUUUAAAAGCUGCACAUCCAGAUGUGGAAACACCUGCCAAAUAAAUUAAGCUGUGAGUGUCCCUUGGAAGAAACAAAAAGAGAUUAGAAAAUUUUUGAAUCAAUUUAAAUGCAGCCUCUCAAGGUGUUUUGAUCUGAUUGUAAAAAUACAGUGAAUAAUAUGUGUGCCUUUUUGAAAUUGUGACUUUGAAAAAUUGAUAUACAAUGGUUUCCAGUUAAUUGGGAGACUUUGGGACAAGUACAUUUUGGUGCAGAAGUGGUUGCCCCAAUAAGUUCGUUCAUGAAAAUAGUUUAAAAGAUAUAUUAAAAAAAGACAAACUGAGUAACAAAUUAUGUAUUUAAGUGAAAUGCAGAACAAACUAGAACACUGCCCAUACUAUUACAGUACUAUAAAACUCUAUUAGUUCUUAAUAGUUAAUGACAGGAACUUGAGUAAAUGCUGCCAUGUUUUCUUUGCAAAUGAGCAAAAUCAGUGCAGAUAAUGAACUGCCUUCAUACAAUACUUUGGCCAAUUGCCUCCUCCAAAUCUUCAUUUUUAUUGAAACAUUCAAAAUAAUAGCCUAUACCUUCAAAUUCUUUGUAGUUUCUAACUUGAAGAGGUGAAAUCAUUUAGUUUUCACUGGCAUCUCCAAGCCACAAAUGCUUGAAACUGCAGUUAGGAAAACAUUUCUGAAUUCUUAAUGCUUAUUUCUCACCAACUGUCGGUGACAAUAAUCACUGCUUUUUGAACACAAACACUUGCAAUUGAUGCUAUUUAGGAAGUGUUCGCUCCUAAGCACAGUGUAGUGUAGUGUCCUACAGCAGCACAAAGUGCACGCGAUGGUUGGUAAUUAGAAAUGUUCAGCCAAGUGCCCCCAAAUAAUUUUCUCCAUUAGUUUUUGUUUUAAGAGUUGUCGCAGAUAAGCAGCUGUUCUGAUUAACUGAUGGCCCAAUUAACUGGAAUCCACUGUAUUAAUUUACAAUAAAAUCUUUCAGAAUUGUGGGGAAAAGAUUUAAAACUACUAUCUUAAUGAAGACAUAUAGAUAGCAAUUACUGUUAAUCUUUUGUCAGCAACUUAGAAUAAAUUAGAAGGAUGAUUACUUGCAAAAUAAUUUAAUUCGAUGUAUGACUGGUGUAGCUGUAUGGCACCUUUUUUGAAAAAAAGUUACCAGAGGAUCAUAUUUUUUCAGUACGCCACUCUUUUUACCAAGUUUAGAAAAUAAUGUUCCCUGUAGAAGGGAGACUUGUUGAAUUGUUAACAGAUCCAUGUGCUGUAGUCAGUGUUGACCAGGUUUUUGCCAAGGGCUGAGAAAUUGUUUCUCAAAUGAUACUAUUUUUACCGGCCUUAACCAGAUCCUCUGGCACUAUGUAAGAACUUGUAUUGUCUUGGGCUAUACCAGUUCACAAUACACUUCACUUGUUGACAUCCAGUCAUCCUUAUCCUACAUAAUGCUACCAAUCUCUUCAUUAAGCUCUACUGAGCUAAUGACAGUUUUGUCUCAGUUGUAAUCUAAUUUUAGCAACACUUGGCAACUGUAGCUAGUGAAUAUGCUAGAAGCCAUGUAACUUUGUCACAAAAAGGUAGCUGCUUUAAAAUGAAGGAGCCAUGGAAGCUCUCAAGGUACCUUGCAUGAAUGAUGAGAAAGUUCAUCUUGUAGUUGGCUACAACUGGAAUGUUGAGGAACAGGAAGACCUCAUCGUUUAAAAAGAACUGUAGGCUCUGAAAGGUAGUUUGAAGUGAUUCAUAACUAAAAGUGUUGAAUCUUUGGGGAUUGUCUUAAAUCUCUGAGAGGGCUGAAAUUUAUUGAGACUGGAGAUGUGUAGUUCCUGAGUAUCAUACCUACAUUCAGUAAUGAGCCCUUCUAUCCUAUAUUCCCAGAUUAACAAUGUUACAAGAUAGUGGCCCUUUGCAGAGCAAACAGUGUUUAUCUAAACUUUCUUGGUUUAUGAGUAGCCAAUAGAAAAUCUUUUUGAAGACAUUACCGACAUUACUGGAAUAGACAUUAGCUGAGAAUAGCACCCACAGUUACGUGACACAUUCCGGACUAUGUCUUUUUAGAAUGAUCCAAAACUGUCAGGAAAUAGUUGUAUCAUGUUUCACCCAAUGAAAGUUUGAUUUUCAUCUGUAAAAUGUUUGAAAAAAAUCAACAAUGUGUCCUCAGACUGUACAAUUUUAUUCAAAUUAACAUAGUAUUAAUUUCCUUAUAUUUAGUUUGACCUAGUUUUAUAUGAAACUAAAAUACAGAAUACAAUUUUCAAAUCAAAAUGCUCUUCUUUAAUGCAGAUUAUGAUGUACAAUAAAUUUAACCCUUAAGUACCUGUAUUUAUUACACACACUCAACGAAUGAUUCAGGAAAUAAUGGAAGCUCUUAAGAUCGGAAGUGUCACUCCACUCUUUAACAAUAGAGGAAAUGAAAUUAUAGGCCACUUAGCUUAACCUCAGUGGUUUGGAAAGUGUUGGAGUCUGUUAUUAAGGUUGAGCUUUUGGGAUACUUGGAGACUAAUGAUAAAAUAAGUCAAAAUCAGCGUGGCUUCUAUGAAGGGAAAUCUUGCCUGACAAAUCUGUUCUUCAAGGAAGUAACAAGCAGGGUGGACAAAGGAGAGACAGUGGACAUCAUUUAUUUAGAUUUUCAGAAGGCAUUUGAUAAAGUGCCAAAUAUGAGGCAGCUUAACAAGAUAAAUUCCUCUGUCGUUCUAGUAAAGAUACUGGCAUGGAUAGAGGAAUGGCUGACAGGCAGGAAGCAGUGAGUGGGAUUGAAGGGGCCCUUCCUGGUUGGCUGCGAGUAACUAGUGGUGUUCCUCAGGGGUCAGUAUUGGGACCGCUACUUUCCACAUUGGAACUGAUGGCUUUGUGGUAAAGUUUGCAGAUGAUACAAAGAUAGGUGGAGGGGGUGGUAGUGCUGAGGAAGCUGCAGGGCCUGGACAAAUUGGAGGGAUGGGCAAAAAGUAGCAGAUGGAACACAGAGUUGGGAAAUGUAUGAUAAUGCACUUUGGUGAAAGAUCAGUUGUGCAGACUUUAUUGAGAUGGGGAGAAGGUUCAAACAUCAAAGGUGCAGAGGGCCUUAAGGAGUCCUCGUGCAAGACUCCCAGAAGGUUAAUUUACAGGUUGAAUUUGUGGUAAAGAAGGCAAAUGCAUUGUUGGCAUUUAUUUCAAGGAGAUUAGAAUAUAAAAGCUAAGAGAUAAUGUUGAGUCUUCCUAAAACACUAGUCAGGUCACACUUAAAGUAUUGUCAACAGUUUUGGUCUCCAUAUCUCAGAAAGGACAUUGGUUAUUGGAGAGAGUCUAGAGGAGGUUCACAAGAAUGAAUCUGGGAAUGAAGGGGUCAACAUAUAAGGAGCAUUUGGCCGCUUUGGGCCUGUAAUCACUGGAAUUUAGAAAAGUGUGGGGGUGGGUGGGUGGGGGAGAAAUCUCAUUGAAACCUGCCAUAUGUUGAAAGGACUAGAUAGGGUGGAUGUGGAGAGGAUGUUUCCUCUGGUAGGGGUAUCCAGAACUACAGGACACAGCCUCAAAAUAAAGAGGCAAUCCUUUAGAAUAGAGGUAAGGAGGGAUUUUUUUUUAGCCAGAGAGAAGGAAUCUGGAGUGCUCUGCCACGGACUGCGAUGGAGGCCAAGUCCAUGAGUAUAUUUAAGACAGAAGUUGAUCAUUCCCUGAUCAAUCAGGGCAUCAAAGGAUAUGGCGAGAAGGUAGGUGUGUGUGGUUGAGUGGGAUCCAUGAUCAGCCAUGAUUGAAUGGUGGAGCAAACUCAAUGGGCUGAAUGGCCUAAUUCUGCUCCUAUGUCUUAUGGUCUUAGAGGGUCUUAAAAUUGUCAAAAUUCAAGUCUUAGAUGUUGAAAAUGGUCUCUUUUUAUGCAAUGCUACUAGAAUGCUUUCAGCACUGAUAAAUGCAUCAAGCAUCUUGGCAUCAAUUACAAUGCAAUCAACAAAAAAUUAUACACAAACCCUUGAUAGAUUUGACUUCAUUCAAAAGUGGGUAUCCUUUGUCUAGAUUCUAGAAGGACCAAGUGUGUCAUUGUGUUACGAGUAAAAUCCUGCCAGUUGCUGCAUUUACACUUUAAUUUUUGAGAGUUAUGUGAAACCACGUAUGAAUUCCCACUUGCUUGGUGUGAGAAAGACCACCAAAUAUAGAACAUAAAACAUAGAAUAGUCCAGCACAUUACAGGCUCUUCGGCCCACAACGUUGUGCCGACCCUCAAACUCUGGCUCCCAUAUAACCCCCCCCCAUCUUAAAUUCCUCUAUAUACCUGUCUAGUAAUCUCUUAAACUUCACUAGUGUAUCUGCCUCCACCACUGACUCAGGCAGUGCAUUCCACGCACCAACCACUCUCUGAGUAAAAAAACCUUCAUCUAUUAUCCUCCUUGAACUUCCCUCCCCUUACCUUAAAACCAUGUCCUCUUGUACUGAGCAGUGGUGCCCUGGGGAAGAGGCGCUGGCUAUCCACUCUAUCUAUUCCUCUUAAUAUCUUGUACACCACUAUCAUGUCUCCUCUCAUCCUCCUCUCCAAAGAGUAAAGCCCUAGCUCCCUUAAUCUCUGGUCAUAAUCCAUACUCUAAACCAGGCAGCAUCCUGGUAAAUCUCCUCUGUACCCUUUCCAAUGCUUCCACAUCCUUCCUAUAGUGAGGCAACCAGAACUGGACACAGUACUCCAAGUGUGGCCUAACCAGAGUUUUAUAGAGCUGCAUCGUUACAUCGUGUCUCUUAAACUCUAUCCCUCGACUUAUGAAAGCUAACACCCCAUAAGCUUUCUUAACUACCCUAUCUUCCUGUGAGGCAACUUUCAGACAUCUGUGGACAUGUAACCCCAGAUCCCUCUGCUCCUCCACACUCCCAAGUAUCCUGCCAUUUACUUUGAACUCUGCCUUGGAGUUUGUCUUUCCAAAGUAUACCACUUCACACUUCUCCUGGUUGAACUCCAUCUGCCCUCCUCAGCCCACUUCUGCAUCCUAUCAAUGUCUCUCUGCAAUCUUCGACAAUCCUCUACACUAUCUACAACGCCACCAACCUUUGUGUUGUCUGCAAACUUGCUAACCCACCUUUCUACCCCACCCCCCCAUUCAGGUUGUUAAUAAAAAUCACAAAAAGUAGAGGUCCCAGAACAGAUCCUUGUGGGACACCACUAGUCACAACCCUCCAAUCUGAAUGUACUCCCUCCACCACAACCCUCUGCCUUCUGCAGGCAAGCCAAUUCUGAAUCCACCUGGCCAAACUUCCCUAGAUCCCAUGCCUUCUGACUUUCUGAAUAAGCCUACCGUGUGGAACCUUGUCAAAUGCCUUACUAAAAUCCAUGUAGAUCACAUCCACUGCACUACCCUCAUCUGUAUGCCUGGUCACCUCGAAGAACUCUAUCAGGCUUGUUAGACACGAUCUGCCCUUCACAAAGCCAUGCUGACUGUCUCUAAUCAGACCAUGAUUCUCUAAAUGCACAUAGAUCCUAUCUCUAAGAAACUUUUCCAACAGCUUUCCCACCAUAGAGUAAGGCUCACUGGUCUAUGAUUAUCUGGACUAUCCCUACUGUCCUUUUCUGAACAAGGAGAAAACAUUUGCCUCCCUCCAAUCCUCCGGUACCAUUCCCAUGGACAAUGAGGACAUAAAGAUCCUAGCCAGAGGCUCAGCAAUCUCUUUCCUUGCCUCGUGGAGCAGCCUGAGGAAUAUUCCGUCAGGCCCCGGGGACUUACCUGUCCUAAUGUAUUUUAACAAGUCCCAACACCUCCUCUCCCUUAAUAUCAACAUGCUCCAGAACAUCAUCCUCACUCAUAUUGUCCUCACCGUCAUCAAGUUCCCUCUCAUUAGUGAAUACCAAAGAGUAGUAUUCAUUGAGGACCUCACUCACUUCCUCAGCCUCCAGGCACAUCUUCCCACUUUUAUCUCUAAUCGGUCCUAUCUUCACUCCUGUCAUCCUUUUGUUCUUCACAUAAUUGAAGAAUGCCUUGGGGUUUUGCUUUACCCUACUCGCCAAGGCCUUCUCAUGACCCCUUCUUGCUAUUCUCAGCCCCUUCUUAAGCUCCUUUCUUGCUACCCUAUAUUCCUCAAUAGACCCACCUGAUCCUUGCUUCCUAAACCUCAUGUAUGCUACCUUCUUCCACCUGACUAGAUUUUCCACCUCACUUGUCACCCAUGGUUCAUUCACCCUACCAUUCUUUAUCUUCCUCACCGGGACAAAUUUAUCACUAACAUCCUGCAAGAGAUCCUUAAACAUCGACCACAUGUCCAUAGUACAUUUCCCUGCAAAAACAUCAUCCCAAUUCACACCCGCAAGUUCUAGCCUUAUAGCCUCAUAAUUCGCCCUUCCCCAAUUAAAAAUUUUCCUUUCCUCUCUGAUUCUAUCCUUUUCCAUGAUAAUGCUGAAGGCCAGGGAGUGGUGAUCACUGUCCCCCAGAUGCUCACCCACCUGACCCGGUUCGUUACCUAAUACUAGAUCUAGUAUGGCAUUCUCCCUAGUCGGCCUGUCAACAUACUGUGACAGAAAUCCGUCCUGGACACACUUAACAAACUCUGCCCCAUCCAAACCCUUGGAACUAAUCAAGUGCCAAUCAAUAUUAGGGAAGUUAAAGUCACCCAUGAUAACAACCCUGUUAUUUUUGCACCUUUCCAAAAUCUGCCUCCCAAUCUGCUCCUCGGUAUCUCUGCUGCUACCAGGCAGCCUAUAGAAUACCCCCAAUAGAGUAACUGCUCCCUUCCUGUUCCUGACUUCCACCCAUACUGACUCAGAAGAGGAUACUGCUACAUUACCCACCCUUUCUGUAGCUGUAAUAGUAUCCCUGACCAGUAAUGCCACCCCUCCUCCCCCUUUCCCCCCUCUCUAUCCCUUUUAAAGCAUUGAAAUCCAGGAAUAUUGAGCAUCCAUUCCUGCCCUGGUGCCAGCCAAGUCUCUGUAAUAGCCGCUGCAUCAUAAUUCCAUUUCCAUGUAUGUAUCCAAGCUCUCAGUUCAUCACCUUUGUUCCUGAUGCUUCUUGCAUUGAAGUACGCACACUUUGGCCCUUCUAUCUUACUACCUUUACACCCUUUAUUCUGCUGCUCUUUCCUCAAAGCCUCUCUAAAUAUUAGAUCUGGGUUUGCUCCUUGCACUUCUUUCACUGCUGUAUUGCUCCGGGUCCCAUCCUCCUUGCAAAUUAGUUUAAACCCUCCCGACCCAUGCUAGCAAACCUACCUGCAAGGAUAUUGCUCCCCCUCGAGUUCAGGUGCAACCCAUCCAAUCUGUACAGGUCCCACCUUCCCCAGAAGAUCCCAAUGAUCCAAGAAUCUAAAACCCUGCCCCCUGCACCAACUCAGCCACACAUUCAACUGCCUUCUCCUCCAAUUCUUACCAUCACUAUCACGUAGCACUGGCAGCAAUCCUGAGAACGCCACCCUUGAGAUCCUGUUCUUCAGCCUUCUGCCUAGUUCCUGAAACUGGCUCUUCAGGACCUCAUCCCUCUUCCUGCCUAUGUCGUUGGUACCAACAGGUAUCGCGACUUCUGGUUGCUUUCCCUCUCAUACCAGGGUGUCAUGCACCCGGUCAGAGACAUCCCUGACCCUGGGACCUGGGAGGCAACAGACCACGCAGGUGUCCUUUUCACGUCUGCUCGCCUGACUAUAGAGUCCCCAACGAUGACAGCUCUCCUCUUCUCUGUCCCAUCCUUCUGCACCACAGGGUCAGACUCAGUGCCAGAGGCCCUGCCACCAUGGCUCACACCUGGUUGGUUGUCCCUGCCAACAGUAUCCAGGACGGUAAACUUAUUAUUCAGGGGAAUGGCUACAGGGGUACUCUGCACUACCUGUCUACUCACCUUCACUUUCCCCCCUCUGUUACCCAACAACCUGCUUCCGGCAGCCUAAGUGUGACUACCUCCUUGUAGCUCUCAUCUAUGAUUGCCUCAUUGUCCCUUAUGAGUCGAAGGUCAUUCAGCUGCUGCUCCAGAUUCCUCACAUGGUCUUCCAGAUUGCCCAGCCGCAAGCACUUCUGGCAGAUGUGACUCUGCAGGAGAGGGGAGUUCCCUCAAGACUGCCUCGUCUCACAGGAGAGGCACAUCACCAUCUCAGGAGGCAUUGUAAAGGCUAACUGGGUACAAGCUCGUCCUCCACCUCUUCUCGUCGAAGCCUCUCGAGUCAAAGCCUCAAAGCUCCACUCCUUCACGGGCCCACUCACUCACUGGUCGCUUUCCACAAUUGGAUGCAAAGAUAGUCUGGAAACUACUGGUGGUGAGCUUGUAUCAAUGGUUGGGAAGUUGUGGGAGAAGUCAUUUCACUAAGUUUUUUGUUUUGGGAGGCAAAUAAGGCAAAUAUUCUCAAACAAAUCUGUUUCACGUUUGCAAACUAACUCUACUUUCACAAACAUUGUUUUGAUGUCUUCCUCUGAAUGACAGAAAAGAUACAGUAAUUGUCUUUUCAGGUGAGAGGAGUGGGAAGAUGCAAUUCAUUGAAUAUACAUGAGUAACAAAGUCUGCUUAGCAAUUUAACCUUUGACAUCUCUUUAAGAGAGGCAAUCAACUGAAAAGAGAAUGAAUUUUAAGUGAAAGUUAUGUGAAAAAAUGAUGGGAGACUGCCCAGCAGAAGCAGGGAAAGAAACAUGGAAUAGGUUAAUCUUUCAUAGGACACAUAUAACACAUUUUGAAUCGGAUCAAAAACAAACAAAUCUCACACAGGAGCAACUCCAAAAGAUGCCCUAUGCUCUGCUCAGAGUGGAAGUUUUAAAUGAGUAAUCUGACAUCCGUCUAUGUACAAUAAUACUACAGAUUUAUUUGCCUUCCAAAACAAAAAACUUAGUGAAAUGACUUCUCCAACAACUUCCCAACCAUUGAUACAAGCUCACCACCAGUAGUUCCCAGACUAUUUUUGCAUCCGUUUUUGAAUAAGAAUAUUUUUGAAUAUUAGUUAGCCCCAGGUCUUCUGACUAAUUAAGAUGCAAAAAGAACAAGAUCACUAUUGGAUCCCCAACAAUCUCCUCCCUUGCUUUUGUUAGAGUCCUGAAACACUAAUGAGUAAACAUGAGGAAAUCUGCAGAUGCUGGAAAUUCAAACAACACACACAAAAUGCUGGUGGAACACAGCAGGCCAGGCAGCAUCUAUAAGGAGAAGCACUGUCGACGUUUCGGGCCGAGACCCUUCAUCAGGACUAACUGAAAGGAAAGAUAGUAAGGGAUUUGAAAGUAGUGGGGGGAAGGGGAAAUGCAAAAUGAUAGGAGAAGACCAGAGGGGGUGGGAUGAAGCUAAGAGCUGAAAAGGUGAUAGGCGAAAGUGAUACAGAGCUGGAGAAGGGAAAGGAUCAUGGGACGGGCGGCCUCGGGAGAAAGAAAGAGGGGGGGGGGAGCACCAGAGGGAGAUGGAGUACAGGCAGGGUGAUGGGCAGAGAGAGAGAAACAAAACAAACAACUAAAUAUGUCAGGGAUGGGGUAAGAAGGGGAGGAGGGGCAUUAACGGAAGUUAGAGAAAUCAAUGUUCAUGCCAUCAGGUUGGAGGCUACCCAGUCAGUAUAUAAGGUGUUGUUCCUCCAACCUGAGUGUGGAUUCACCUUGACAGUAGAGGAGGCCAUGGAUAGACAUAUCAGAGUUCCAAUAUUUGUAACACCUCCUUUCCGAUACAGACAUGCAUCAGAAUACCAGCAUAUGCCUCCCUUAACCUCUCCAGCCUUCCUGUUCUUCUUCUUCUGGUGAAUGCCAAUGAGGAGUAUUUUUUUAGUAACUCAUUAUGUCAUCUGGUUACACAAAUAUUUGCCCUUCAUGACACCUAUGCUGCCAAUUCAACAGUAUUUUCCCUUGACUUCACAAAAGGCCCCCAUGCCUAGAUCAGUUGAACUCAGCAUAAACUCAAGCAUUUUAUGUAUGUUGCUCUGGAUUUCCAGCAUCUACGCAAACUCUUAUGUUUAUGGAACUAGUCUGAAUUCUCAGUCAAUGGCUGGAAAUUUCUGCACUACUGAGAGAUCCACUGUUCAAAUAUCCGCAAUAUUUUGUCUUUGCUUCUGUUCUGUGCACUGCUUGUCAUAGAGUACUCAAUUGAGGAACUAUUAUAAAAGUGACGUGCUAUUUAAAAUACAUUGCUGAAGCAGGUACCAGCCUACAGUUGAGAACAAAAUCCUGUUAAAUCACUUCUUUUUCACCAUCUUGCAAUUUACCUGCUUUCUUCAGAGAUCCCAUCCCAUACCGAUGUGCCAUCUCUUCCUGCAUACCUUCCUGACAGCUAUUGCCCCCACUGUCAUCACUACACCCUCAUGUCCCAGAUUCAAAUCUCUGGGCGUCCCAUCGCCAAGGCUCUCAUGUUCUACAGCCAGAGGUUCCACAAGGUUCUUCUGCCGCAGCCCUUUCUACUCAUUGUCACACUGACCAACAAAUAUGGUCAUAGGCAAAGACAUUUCACUCUUUUGAGUUUUGAGUUUUCAAACAGUCACGAGUAACAAAAAACAUUCACCACACAAUUACCCUUUAAUUGCUGAGUAAGGAAAGGUCACAAAAUACCCUUUAGAAUGAUCAGCACUUUUCUAUUAAAAAGUUGUUUUACAUAACUGCUAUGUCAUUUUAGUUAGAACCAUACAAUUCACAUAAAUCAUGAAUAGGAGAAAUGGAGAUCAUUAAUCUACCUAGUAAAACAUUAUUCAGUCAAGUUUACUUUAGAAAACAUUCCUAGAAAAUGGCCAAAUCACUGAUCAUUGGGAAGAUACUGUAGAAGUUUCUGUUUGUAAAAUGUCUAUUACACUUUGUUUACCUUAGUUAUGCAUUACUAUUACAGUAAAUUUUGGAAACAUGAAGUACUGAAGUUAUGAGGGAAAGAUUUGGGCAACGUCUUUGGUUAAAACUAUGCCUCAUUGCGUAUCAUUUUAAAAAUGACAACCAUUUUGUUUUAAACUCAAGAGAAAACAAGGCAUUGGAAUCCCUUGUUCAUAAGUCUACUAUUAAGAUCAAGUGUGGUCUAAAUAACAGAUCUUAACAAAAAGGUAAAAUUCAGAUUUAUCAUGAUACUACCCAAGUCUGAGGUCCUUCAAUUGAAACAACAGGUUAACACUUGGUUGAGAAUGGACUGUUUCUAUACUUGAGAACCCUAGAAAGGGAAUAUCUGUAAAAGAUCAGAACAUAGAGGUGUGUGUACAAGUUGGCAGUUGAGUCAGAAAUUGUGUCAAUAUUUUAAAAUAGAUUGGAUUAAUGGAUGGGAAAAGGGAUUAAAUGCACUUAAAAGUGCUUUGGUCUGAUGAAAUGACUACCUUUCUAUUAUAAUUUCCAUUAUUUAUUUUGUGUCAAGGCUGCAUCAUUGACAACAAUCUGGCAAGAUUGCUUUUUACACAGGGGCUUGAAAUCCUGAACCUAGGCAUGGAAAUCCAGAAAGAGAAAAAAGCAUCAAAGAUGGAUCAUGUGAAAAUAGAAAGUGAAGAGAUUUGCAGCAAAAGUAAUGAAAUUUAAGUUUUGUAUGAGUGUGUGUGAAACUACACCAGUAGAAGUGACAUCUAUAUUAUGGACAGGUUACAUUCCUAGAAAAGGGUCUGUAUUGUGACUUCCCAUAAUGCAAAGCCAAAUUAUCUCUGCAUUCAUUAAGUGCGAUGAAUAAUCACUUUAUAGAGGCCUGAGGGGCUUAGUAUUAACUUUAGCUUUCUAGCACAGUAGCAUGACCUUUCCAAAGAGUCAGAGUUGUUUUUGAAGAAGUUAAAUUUCCCACUAAUGUUUCUUGCUCAGCUUCUUAUUGUAAAGAAGGAAACAGCGAAGUCUUGUAAAACAGGGAAGACUUGCAGUGAAGUCUUACAUUGUUUAAUCUGUAUAAAGCAAUGGGGCUAUGUUAAUUGUUUUGCUUCAAAUGAGACAACACCGGCUAUGUUAUUAGCACCAGAAUGACUGAGUUCAAGGAAGCACGCAUACCAAGCCUAUUUCAUCAUUUAGCACAUCGAACAUGGUAACAGCUUAUCAAUCAAUAGUUGGGAUAUUUGUGUACUCAGUGAGUCAGCCCUCAAAGCAUUAAUUUUGGGUCUCUGGGCUCUCUGUCUCCAGAAGCUUUUAGGCCAUCUGUGUGAAUUAUUUUCUCCAAGAAAAGGUAUUUGAAAAACAUCACACAGAUAAUGUCAACUAGUAGCAAAGCAUUAUGAAUGUUAGGAAGACUUGCUAGAAAUGACAAGGAGUAUGACAGAAAGAUGAGGUGACAGGAAGAAAAAACUAGAAUUCAUUCCUCAACCUGCAACGGAUGACUCACUCAUCCGUGACUUGUUGGUGUGGUCUUUUAGUUCAUAAGAUUUAUACUGUACCUGUGUUGGGAAAUCCUUUGUAGUUUAUAAAUGUUUUGUAACUUGGAAAUCUUUUAUAAAUCAGAAAUCCUCUGCGAGCAUUAAAUGUGUGUUAAAAACUGUUGGUCUAAAAUAAAACAUGUAUCAUUAAAAAUAAAAUAAACUAUGGUUAAACUAC